AAUAUAAAUCAAACGUCGCCCUUCUGUUCUCUAAACCUCAAUACAGUUCGGACUAAACAGAGACCCCACAUACUAUCUUGCUUCCAUGGCUUCCUUGUCAGCUCACCUUUCUUCAAAACAAUCCCACCUGCUCCUUUUGUCACCGAAACCCCUUCAAAACCCUCGUCCCACACUGAUCUCUCUGCCCUCCUCAAACCCAAAAAUCCAAACCGGCAUCAAACUGCAUGAUGGGUUCAAGGUGAAUGGCUCAUUGCAUGUCAAUGAAGCCAUUGUGAAGACUUCAGUUUCUGAGAAGAGGGCCAACAGUCCCAUUAUUGUCAUCGAUAACUAUGACAGCUUCACCUACAAUCUCUGUCAGUAUAUGGGAGAGCUCGGAUGUCUGUUUGAAGUUUAUCGCAAUGAUGAACUAACAGUGGAAGAACUGAAAAAGAAAAAUCCUAGAGGAGUUUUGAUUUCCCCAGGACCAGGCACACCCCAAGAUUCUGGAAUAUCAUUGCAAACUGUGUUGGAGUUGGGACCCAUUGUCCCUUUAUUUGGUGUGUGUAUGGGUCUGCAGUGCAUUGGGGAGGCUUUUGGAGGGAAGAUCGUUCGUUCUCCUUAUGGUGUCGUGCAUGGGAAGAGCUCUCCAGUUUAUUAUAAUGAGAAAGAGAAAGACAGCUUAUUUGCUGGACUAUCAAAUCCUUUCACUGCUGGUAGAUAUCACAGCCUUGUGAUAGAAAAGGAUAGUUUUCCUAGUGAUGAACUGGAGAUUACAGCAUGGACAGAGGAUGGACUAAUAAUGGCUGCUCGUCAUAAAAAGUAUAAGUACCUUCAGGGGGUUCAGUUCCAUCCUGAGAGUAUCAUAACUUCAGAAGGCAGGACCAUUGUUGGGAACUUUGUAAAAUUGAUUGAGAAGAGUGAAUCAGAAUCUGAAAAUUAGUUAUAGGCAUGGUUUGUCUACACAGAGUGUAGUGUAAUGUAUCUUGUCAAGUCUCUUGUAUUGGAUCACAGUAUUUAAACUCCAUUAUCAAUCCUUCUCUUGUAUCGGAUCACAGUAUUUCAACUAAAUUAUCAAUCCUUAUCUGGUAUCAGAUCACAUAGUC